CUGAAUUCUGGAGUGGCAAAUUAAAAGACGACUAAUAAAGAGAAAACAUAACAUGGGUUGUGGGAAAGUGUCGACGGCGAUGAUGAUGGUGGCGGUGGUGGUGAUGGCAGCGGCGGCGAUGACGACGGAGGCCCAGCAGGUUCCGUCAUGCGCUAUGCAGCUGAUCCCUUGCGCCGGCUUCCUAAACGCCACCACCAAGCCACCGUCGUCCUGCUGUGACCCCCUGAAAGAAGCCGUGACUAAAGAGCUUCCAUGCCUCUGCAACUUGUUCAAGGACCAAAACCUGAUGAAGGGCUUAAACAUUAAUGUCACCCAGGCCUUGGAACUGCCCAAGCUUUGUGGAAUUCCCGGCGACAUCAGUGCAUGCAACGCUCCGUCUCCGGGAGCUAGUCCGUCCACGUCUCCGGGAGCUAGUCCAUCCAUCCCACCUCCAGCAACACCGGGUGGAGAUCAUAAUAAUGGUGUGGCCGGCGGAACUCCGGCGAUUGCUAUUUCAAGCUUGCUGGUGAUGGCUGCUGCGAUGCUCUUUUGAUGCUUUGGUAGAUCAGAUCACAGAUUUCAUUAAUUUGCUCCGGCCGGACUGCACAUUAUAUUUUUACACACAUUUUAUUACGGAGUACAUCUUUUAAAUCUACAUAUAUUGUAACUUUAUAUGGUUCGAAUAAGUGCAUGUUAUAUUGCGAUACUUAUUUGGGCGCAUUUUGGCAAUGCGACUUAAAUUUACUUUAAUGAUCAUAUAUAAUUAAAUUACACGCAAUUUGACUU